UACGUUAUUGAAUUCCUACAUGAAAAAAGGAAUUGAACUUCUUCAUAUUCAAUGUACUGAUUUAAAAGUCAAUAUAAUGUUAACAGUAUCAUUAAUUUCAUCUAAACGUGUGUGAUCAAGUUAAUUAAAAAUAAAGUGUAAAUAAACAACAAAAUUCUUUGAAAUAUUUUAAGAGAAUACGGAUAUUUGAAUCGCUUUGAUAACUCUACAUUGUCGUUUUUAACCUAAAUCGAGAUGGCUGAAUCAGAACAAGAUUUCGGAGAUCGUGGAGAUAAUGACAAUUUAAAAACUGAUAAAUUAUUUAUCUUAAAAAAAUGGAAUGCUGUAGCUAUGUGGAGUUGGGAUGUGGAAUGUGAUACUUGUGCAAUUUGUCGAGUUCAAGUAAUGGAUGCGUGUCUUCGAUGUCAAGCGGAAAGCAAAAAAGAUGAUAGCCGACAGGACUGUGUCGUCGUCUGGGGAGAAUGCAAUCAUUCAUUUCAUUAUUGUUGCAUGUCACUUUGGGUGCAACAGAAUAAUCGUUGUCCAUUAUGCCAGCAAGAAUGGUCCAUUCAACGAAUGGGAAAAUAACUAAAUCAAUCAAGCGAAA